AUGCCUUCUGAGAAUGAACCGGAAUAUGAUGCUGACCAUGAUCCCAAAAGUGAUCCACUCUGCCCCGAGUAUAUUGGGUACAGCCCUGCAGAGCCAAUGAUGUCUCGCUCUCCAGUGCCUCCUCAGAGAGGGUCCCGAAUGCCUCCUCCAGUGCCGCCCCCGAUAAGGUCCCCGAGACCUCCAGCUGUCAGCUCCUCCAAGAGCAUUGAUGCCUCCACCUCCUGCACUGUCAGCGCCUUCAAGACGUUCAACGCCUCUACAGCCACCUGCGCUAUGGCGAGGGUCGAUGCCUCCACCGCUCCCAGCGCCUCCGAGAGGGUCGAUGCCUCCAUGACAUCCUGCAUACUGGAGAGGGUCAACGCCGCUACAGCCUCCUCUCUUGUGGAGGUACUGACGCCACCUGCUGCAGCUGAGUCCUCCAUGUCUGCUGCUACUGCUGAGCUCCCAUUGCUGGCUGCAGUCCUGCCUGUGCUCUCUACGCCAGCCUCAGAGACUCCUGAGCCAGAACCAGCACCUGAGCCUUCAGAGMCAGAGCCAGCACAUCCAGGGUCUCCAGCUAUGAUGGUAAAGUCCCCGAGCCAGCCUGAGUUUCCUGAGUCCCCGGGUGGGAAUGUUAAGUCCCCGGGCCAGACCAAGUUUUCUGAGUCCCUGCUGGUCUCUGAGUUUUCUGAGUCCUCCAUGCUUGCUGUAGAYGAGACCCUCCAUGCCAUCUGCAGUUGA